CAACAUGAUGCUUCUGGUCUUAGCGUUCGUGGCUGCCGUAUCUGCUACCCCGUUGGGAUACGACCUACGACCACCAACUUACCCAUACUUUCACCAUGGUUUCUGUGCUCACGGACAACUGCGACAUGUGGACGGUAGCUGUAUCUCACCUCAAGUGUAUACACGAGCAUUUAUCUACGAUGCUCCAAGAAGAUUUAAUUAUUUUAGGCGGCCACAUUACAUCCCGCAACCUAAAGUGGAACGCAAUGUUGUUUUCGUGAGGCUGCCCGAAGAUGACCAGGGACCUGAUCCGAUCAUCGUUCCUCCUCCUCAGCAGCAACAGGUCGUGUACGUCCUCAACAAGCAAACGGAGCAAGACCAGCGAGUGAUCGAAGUGCCAGCACCGCCGCCGACGGAGCCUGAAGUGGUGUUUGUGAACUAUGAGGAUGGCGAGAACCCGAUCCUUCCCUCCGGGGAAGACCUCCACUCGGCACUGACUACGGCUUCUCAUGGUGUCGGUCACACUGUAGAAAGUGGAGGAAUCGGAGGUAGAAUCAGAGGUAUCGGUAGUGGAAUCGGACAUUCCACUGGGCACAGUUUCGCACACAGCGCUGGUCGUGCCUUCGGAGCUAAUUUUGGCGUCGAUAUCGGAAACCACAAUCUUCUCGCAAGUGAUUACUCUACUCCAACAAAUCAUCACUCUACCCAUACAAACCAUCACUCCACUCACACGAGUCAUUUUUCUAGCCCAGUAAGUCACUAUACUACUCCUAGAAGCCACUACUCAACCCCUGCAACCCACUAUAGUACUCCCAGAAGCCACUACUCAACCCCAGGAAGUCAUUACACUACUCCUUCUAGUCUCUACAACACUCCAUAGAGAUGGUUCUUUCAGUAGAUGUUAUGAGCUACAAUUACAAGAUUUUGCAGGAUUCUAGAUAUGCACACUAACAUGCGUCAUAUCUAUAGAUUUUACAUUUAUAUACUAUGCGAAAACAUGUAUCGGUGCAUUUAC